UCCUUUAGGAGCCAUUAACACUCGAGUUUUCACUGAUGAACCCUGUUGGAUGGGAGAUAAAACGUCUUCAAGGAACUCAAGCAAGUCCAGUUGGAUUAACUAUGAGAAUAACUGUGACCUGGAUGACUGAGAAUCUUCACUGACAGAUUAACAGGUAUGCCAAAGGAAAAAUAUGAUCCUCCAGAUCCCCGCAGAUGUUACACCAUCAUGUCGGCCGAGGAGGCGGCCAGUGGGAAGAAGUCUCACUGGGCCGAGCUCGAGAUUUCUGGGCGGGUGAGGAGUCUGAGCAGCUCGUUGUGGACUCUAACCCACCUGACGGCGCUGCACAUCAACGACAACAACCUGACCCGCAUCCCGCCGGACAUCGCCAAGCUGCCCAACCUGGUCUACCUGAACCUGUCGUCCAAUAAGCUCCGAAGUCUGCCCGCCGAACUGGGCAACAUGGUCUCUCUCAGGGAAUUGCUUUUAAACAACAAUCUUUUACGAGUUCUGCCUUACGAACUUGGGAGGCUUUUCCAGUUACAAACUCUGGGGCUAAAAGGAAAUCCUUUGUCCCAAGACAUCCUCAAUCUGUACCAGGAGCCGGACGGAACCAGAAAGCUUUUGAACUACAUGCUCGACAAUCUAGCAGUUCACCCAGAGCAGCUGCCCCAAAGACCUUGGAUCACUCUGAAAGAGCGAGACCAAAUGAUGCCCACAGCCACGUUCACCGUCAUGUGCUACAACGUGUUGUGCGACAAAUACGCCACGCGACAGCUGUACGGCUACUGUCCAUCCUGGGCGCUGAACUGGGAGUACCGGAAGAAAGGCAUCAUGGAGGAGAUCACCAACUGUGACGCCGACAUCAUCAGCCUGCAGGAGGUGGAGACGGAGCAGUACUACACCCUGUUUCUGGAAACGCUAAAAGAACGCGGCUACGACGGCUACUUCUGUCCAAAAUCUCGUGCCAAACUGGUUUCUGAGCAGGAGAGGAAACACGUGGACGGCUGCGCGGUGUUCUUCAAGACCGAGAAGUUCACUUUGGUCCAGAAACACACCGUGGAGUUCAACCAGGUGGCCAUGGCCAACUCCGAGGGCUCUGAGGUCAUGCUGAACAGAGUGAUGACCAAAGACAACAUCGGUGUGGCCAUUCUGCUGGAGGUCAACAAGGACAUGUUCUCCGGCGGCAUGAAGCCGCCUCAGGAGCGGCAGCUGAUCCUGGUGGCCAACGCCCACAUGCACUGGGACCCCGAGUACUCGGACGUCAAGCUGAUCCAGACCAUGAUGUUCCUGUCGGAGCUGAAGAGCAUCGCCGAGAGGGCCUCGGGCUCCGUGGCGACGGGCUCGCCCACCUCCGACCCGUCCUCCAUCCCCAUCGUCCUGUGUGCUGACCUCAACUCGCUGCCAGACUCCGGCGUGGUGGAAUACCUGAGCAACGGAGGUGUGGCCGAGAACCACAAGGACUUCAAGGAGCUCCGCUACAACGAAUGUCUGACCAACUUCAGCUGCAACGGCAAGAACGGCAACUCAGACGGGAGCAUCACACACAGCUUCCAGCUGAAGAGCGCCUACGACAGCAAUCUGAUGCCUUACACCAACUACACAUACGACUUCAAGGGUGUGAUCGACUACAUCUUCUUCUCCAAGACCCACAUGAGCGUCCUGGGCCUGCUGGGCCCGCUGGACAGCCAGUGGCUGGUGGACAACAACAUCACCGGCUGCCCCCACCCCCACAUCCCCUCGGACCACUUCUCCCUGCUGGCCCAGCUGGAGCUGCAUCCUCCCCUCCCUCACCCGCUCAACCCCCUCAACGGGCUGCACCUGCCGGUCCACAGGUAGUGCAGCCGGAGAGCCCCGCCCCCCCCACACCUUUUAAACACUGUCGACCCUCCGCCCGCCCGCCUCCAGCUUUAUACAGGACCCUGUACAGUUCACCCAUCAUGGUAAAGCUCAUCCGACCCCUUCUAACCAAAAGGAGUGAAGUAUUUGCCCCGUUUGUUGUGUUUUUUUUGCACACUGUAUAUUUCUGUUGACUUUAUUUUUCUCUCUCCCCUUUGAAAAGGCUUGAAACCAAAUGUGGGGAUGAAUAUCAGUCCUCCUUUUUCUUGCACCUACAACAAACCAACACCUGUUCUAGCGUAGAUCGACCGCACCAACGUCAUUUGGGUGAUUUAUUUUUAUCUUAUUACGACUACAGACGCAACAUAAUGCUGCACCGUAUAACUCUAUGUUGUGUUCCAGUCGCUGCCCAACAGCCUGACUGACAGGAGUUUUAAACAUACCGGGAGUAACACUACAAACACAUGAAUGUCACACGGGGGGGGAGGGAAGCCAAACAAACUACCGGUGAGAACUGCAGGUUUUUAAAACAGGUUUAAAAAGUACAAUCUGGGUGUUUUUAAAGUAAUUUAUUCCACACGGGGCGGCAGGACAUGAGCUGAUCACAGCUGGGCUCUCAUGAAUACGACACUGACGGUAGACAAGAACCGUUCUGGGGGAGAACACCGGGUGGCGUCUGGUGGUUCUGCUCCUUCUCCGGGUCGUACUUCCACCGUUCGAUCUCCAAAACCUGAAUGAAUUCUUUAGCUACAGGUUUAGCGCCUCUCGUUUGUAACUGCUAACAGGCAGAGGUGUCGUUUUCACCUGAUCGGAACGAUGCAAGUUCUCUGAAGUCAUGAAACAAUCAGUCCAACAUUAGCAACCGGAUCAGCCCCUGUGAGUGAAGACGACAGCAGCCGUGUUUCCAUCACGUACCUCCGUAUGCUGCUUAAAAAAGCACUUUUCUUUGCUGGUUUUAGAUCAUUUUAGAAGCUGCACUUGGCCUUUUAGUUUGGAUUCUUCGCGCUCUUUCUGCUCUGGUUUUAUGGGCAGAAAUGUGCACGGCUAGAAACUGAAUUUGAAUCAUUUAUAUGUGAAUUUGAAUUGAUAAAGUUGAACAAAUAAGUUUGUCAAAACCUCAUUUGAAUCACAGAAUUUCACAUUUUCUCAACUUGAAUAACAAAAACAAUGUUUGAAUCACAUUGGUGGAUAUUUUUCAGAUAGAAACUGAAUUCCAGCUCUGCAUUCAGUCUUCACAGUUGAAACUGGGUUCUUCAGACUUUUCAGGGUUCGUCGCUGAGGAAGAGCAGCGCUUGUGGAUCAAAUACAACUGGAUUCAAUUUCAAAUAUAUCAACUUCAGCAUCAAGUUUAUUGGAGUGCAGUUUCAAUCUAAUAAAUACACAUUCAAAUAUUGAAAUUCUCAAUUUUUCGUACAAUUAUUCAAGUUGUGAAAUUCAGAAUGCGUGAUUCAGUUUCAGGUUGAUAAAUUCAACUUCAAAUCACUCAAAUUUGAAUCUCGUGAUUUGAACUUGAAUUUGUCAGCUUGAAUAAUUUCACUAAAAACUUGAAGUUGAAUUUGCUUUUUUUUUUUGUACAAUUUUUCGAGUUGAGAAAUUGAAACUACGAGACUCAGAUUCAAAUUUUUAGUAAAAUCAUUCAAGUGUAGAAAUCUGAUUUCACAUCACUAGAAUCUGAAACUCAUGAUUUGAAAUUUAACUUGAAUGAACCUGAGUAAUUGUGAGAUUCAGAUUCAGAUAUUAUUACAAUCAUACAAGGUCUAGCGUUUCAAAUUCAAAUGACGAGAUUCAAAACUCAAAUAUUUAGUGUAAUUAUUCAACUUGAGCAAUUCAGAUAUAAAUGAUUCAAAUUCAGUUUCUCGUGCCGUCUAUUUCUUUAACAAUUUUCAUUUAGAUUUUUAUGCGUUUCAUUAGAUGAACUUAAUGGAAAUUCAAUAAACCUUCCCCAGUUUAUUUAUUUUCAAGAGUUUACGCUUCAUCGAUCAAGUUCUGAUCAAGAAAAAUCACCAUCUGCCUGAUUUAAAACAACUUUUUCUCUCCUAGACGCCCAGAUUUUAGUUUCUUUGAGAUUAUUUUUAGCACUUAACCAACUUUUUUUUAAUCCUGCUUCUUCUACCCUGUUAAUUACCUCCACGUAGCCUGCAGCGCCCCCUUCUGGCGGCACAACAAAACAAUUAUUUUUAUUGAAUUUUGUGCGACCUUUUAUAAAAGUUUGUUUCCUUUCUAUGGAAGCACGGCUACUGACUGACUGACGCUUCAGCUUUUAAGAGAUUUUCGCUUCCCGUCACCCGACCGGCCAAAGAAUCUCCCCACGACGAGCUCCGUCGGUACAAAGAUGAUAUUUAUUUAUUGGUGCCAGAGAAAGUAGUUAACUUCCUGCGGAGGGGAGUCAGUUAGUGACUCCCGACCAGGAGCUGAAUGUAUUUAAAAAAGGCCUCGCUCUGAAAUUGGUAGUGGGAGCCCGUUGACGCCAGAUUCCUGUGGACUCUAAACGUUGUGUGUCUGUGUCAGAAGAUUAGGACUAAUAGCCCUUUAUGUACGUUAGCACUCAGGGCUACACUAUGCAUCCAGCAGUACCUCUCACACUAAAGCAAAACCAAACAGGAAGCUACUGUUCUGAAAAAUAAAAGCACAGGAAACGUAUGUACGGACACGUGUCGUCGUCGUUGUUGUACACCUCCCAUGUCUUUGUGCAUUUUUGAUAAAACUACUGAUGCACUUUUGCUCCGUUAAUCCACAAAAAAAAAAAAAACGGGGGGGUGAUGAUUGAUGAAUUUGGUUCAAAAUAAUUUAUGCAGUUUUUUGUUUUUUGUUUGUUUUUGUAAGAGACGAUCAAUAAACGACGAUCAAUAAGGCAGGGCUGGGCGUCCAUCCACACCACGCUGUACUUGACUCGUCAGUGCCAAUAUUUUAAUGUUUUUUGUUUUGUUUUUUAAAAAUCGAAAAGAAAUUGAGACAAUAAAGUUUUUUUUCUUUCUAGAAAACCCUCUUUGUCCUUCAAAUAUUAAAUAUCGUCGACACCAGCGGCUCCAAACCUGAGAACGGGACACUAAAGACUGACGAAUACCUCUUUUUUUUUUCAGGACUUAUUAGUAUUUAAAGACAGCUUCUAUAUAUUUGCAGUAAAAAUAAGAGUAUUGUUGUCAAACUUUAGAAUACUCCAGCACAAACCUUUACUUAAAUGCCUUUUUAAAUGUUUUUUAAUUUACGUUUAAUUAAAAUUUGCAACAUGAAUCCUUCGGUGCUGAUUGGCUGCUCUUCAUAACCAAUCAGACGACGCUUUUGAAGUAUUUUUAAAUUCAUUUAUUUUGUCAGGAGUUGGUUAAAAACUAAAUAAUCAUACAAAUGAUUGGGGGAAAAACACAUUUUUGGAUCUGAGGCUGAAAAUCUGUCAUAAGCAAGAAAAAUCUAAUUUAUUUCAUUUCUCAAUUUUUUAUUUUUUAUUUUUUUAAUAGUUAUGUUAUAGUUAUAGUUACACAUGAUCACAAUUCAGCCACACAAACUGUGACAAGAAUGAGUUGCAUACUUGACAGAAAUCUGCAUUUUUGUGUCAUUUUUUUGCCAUUUGUAGUCAAAAAAUGUCUAUUUUUCUUCAGUAAAUGAAAUUACAAUCAACAAAACUGCUUUUUGACUCUUUAAACUCUUAAGUUUUUAUUAUUUCGGUGCAAGAAUAUAGUUCUUGUCUAUUUUGCUCGAGUAAAUCAAACUCCAAUGAACAAAAAUCCUUCUUUUUUUUUUCUUUAAAUUCUCAGUUUUCAUCAUUUUGGCUCCACUGAUAUUUUGUUUGCAGGAAAAAACCCGGUAGAAUCUGCAGUAAACAAUCAGGAGAGGUUCCACUGGUGUCGAGGACGUCAGCUGGUUUAAGUUUAACUGAAUAAAAACAUGUAACGUAUAAAUAUGAUGUAUUUUUAUUGAACAGUCACAACUGAUGAAGGUUUGACAAAAACCAAAAAAUACUGGUAGAAGUAAAGAAAAAAAAAGAUUCUCCAAAUAUAACUACGAUAAAACUUUAUUUUAAAAUUUCAGUUGCUCAGAUGUUGUUGUUCAAACAGCUUCAAUUGUAAAAUGUGAAACAAACAUUUUGAAAGCAGAUCAGAUAUCAGCACGUUUUAAAAACCCUUUAUCUCGGAAAAUAGGGAAAAUUUCACAGACACCAAAAACAUUAUUUUAAAUUAUAUCCAAAGUUUAUUUUUAGUUAUUCAAGUUGAUAAAUAACUGAACUAAAAACUUGAAUUUGAAUUUUUGUACAAUUAUUCAAGUUGAGAAAUUUAAAUCUGAAUUUCAAGAUUCAAAUUCAAGUUUGUGGUAAAAUUAUUCAAGUUGAGAGAUUCAAUUUCACAUCGCAAAAUUCUUUUAAAAAUCCAUAUGGUUAUUCAAGUUGAAAAAUUCCAAAUCAAACCGCAACAUUCAAAUGAUUAAUACAAUCGUACAAGUUUAUCAUUUAAAAUUAUUCCACAGUUGGAGCUAAAACUUCAAAUAUUUUUGCAAAUAUUCACAUUUUCUGCUGUUAAAAUCCCAAAUUAAGAGACUGUUGAGCAGAAAUUGUUCUGAAAAGUUGGAUUUCAAUCAAACUGUGAUGAUAGAAUUCAUUUAGAAAGAUCUUUGUUUUGUGGUUGGACGCCCAGCCCUGGUUUCUAUUGAACCCCGACUGUUUGAAAUUAGCAUGAAAAGAACAAAGCCAUAGUUUUGGGAUCCUGUAACCUCAGCUUUAAAACAGAGUCUUUGAGCGUUUUGAGGCUUAUACUUCACUCCUGAACCAACGUCACAGGGUUUCGUACGACGUCUGUACAUAAAACAUCGACGGGGGUCUUUACACCUGCGAGGAGGAAUGUACCAUUCUCCUGAUUAAAAACAAAAGAAAAGGUG